CGCGCCUAGCGUCGGGGACGCGGAGCGCGACCCGGAGCCCAGCCGCGCCGGGUGGCCCCAGGAGGUGGCGGCAGGGCCGAACCCCGGAAUUCCAGAGGCGACCGCAAGGACACAACCCGCGGAGGAAGGUCCCGCUGGCAGGAGACGUGCUCGCUUCGCCCCACCUUGUGCAAAUGACUCGGAGCUUAGUCACAUGGCAUCUGGAAUGCCACGUACCAAAAUCAAGAUCCCUAAAGGAAGUAAAACUGAGAUUAUCAGCCAAGAAGGACCUACUGGAGAAAGCAGAGGAUGGAAGCUAAAAUGAAGCAGUGUUUUAUCGUAUGUACUUCAGCAGACCUUCUGCAGUUCAGCUAAAACCAUGACUGCUCUUUCUUCAGAGAACUGCUCUUUUCAGUACCAGUUAUAUCAAGCAAAUCAGCCUCUAGAUGGUAACUGUCUGCUAUUCUUGAUUAUACUUGGGAAAAUAUUACUGAAUAUCCUCACACUAGGAAUGAGAAGAAAAAUCAGCUAUCAAAAUUUUAUGGAAUAUUUUUGCAUUUCACUAGCAUUCAUCGAUCUUUUACUUUUAGUAAACAUUUCCAUUAUAUUCUAUUUCAGGGAUUUUGUACUUUUAGGCAUUAGGUUUACUAAAUACCACAUUUGCCUAUUUACUCAAAUUAUUUCUUUCACUUACGGCUUUCUGCAUUAUCCAGUUUUCCUGAUAGCUUGUAUAGAUUAUUACCUGAAUUUCUCUAAAACCACAAAGCUUGCAUUUAAGUGUCAAAAACUAUUUUAUUUCUUUAUAGUAAUUUUAAUUUGGAUUUCAGUCCUUGCUUAUGUUUUGGGAGAUCCAGCUAUCUACCAAAGCCUGAAGGCACAGAAUGUUUAUUCUUAUCAGUGUCCUUUCUACAUUAGCAUUCAGAGUUACUGGCUGUCAUUUUCCAUGGUGGUGAUUUUGUUCAUGGCUUUUCUAACCUCUUGGUCAGAAGUUAUUGCUUUGGUACAGGCUGUUAGGAUGACUUCCUAUAUGAAUGAGACUAUCCUGUAUUUCCCCUUUCCAUCCCAUUGUGGUUAUACUCUGAGCUCUAAAAAAACGCUCUUGCCCAAGUUCAUUAUCUGUUUUCUCGGUACCUGGUUACCAUUUGUUCUACUUCAAGUAAUUAUCCUUUUACUUAAAGUACAGAUUCCGGCAUAUAUUGAGAUGAACAUUCCAUGGUUGUACUUCAUCAAUAGUUUUAUGAUUGCUACAAUUUAUUGGUUUAAUUGUCACAAGCUUAAUUUAAGAGACAUUGCAUUACCUGUGGAUCCAUUCGUCAACUGGAAAUGCUGCUUCAUUCCACUUACAAUUCAUAAUCUUGAGCAAAUUGAAAAGCCUAUAUCAAUAAUAAUUUGUUAAUGUUGCCAUGUUAAAACUGACAACUAUAGUAAGAAUCAUAAUUUUACAAACGGGAAAGGACAAAGACUGAAAUGAACUGAAGCUCCACUCCCCGGGCCCACCUUUCAUACCUUUUCAGAAUGUGUCUUUGGGGCUAUGGUAGUAAAAACAAAAUAAUUCCAAGAGAAUUUUGUUAUACCUAUUCAGGAACACUGCAUGUUACCAAUAUUAAUUUAACACAAAAGUGAAAUUAGUUAAUACUUGGCCAUACUGAUUUCACGUUACCCAAAAAACUACCGGAUGCAAACAUGUUAUGUAAAUCUGAGAUUCUCUGCCAAUACUAUACAAGUGUAAAUAAACAUUUUUAUUGAAUUCAAAGCAAGAAAAUCAAGAUCAUUUUGUUAAAAUUAUUUGGUGUAAAUAUUCUUUUAACAUAAAGGGAAGAUCAGCUCAAUUUAAAUUUAGGUAAUUUUCAAGAAUAUAUCUCUGUUUUUAAUACAGAUAAUCCUGGAAAAAAGUUUUUAGUUGCUCACGUUACAGAACUGGGAGUAGCGACUACGUCUCUUUCCAUGACAUACCAGAUUCAUUUUCACUUAUAACUUGUAUGUCACGUACUUGCAUGUCAAAUCGUAAUCACAUGGGCAGUGUGUCCCACUGAAAAGUAAAGGAGGAUUUCUUAUCCUCAGCACUGCUCACAUUUUGGGUUGGGCAGUUCUGUGUUGUGGGAGACUGCCCGUGUACUGGAGGGCAUUCAGCAUGUGCCUUCCCUCUGCCCAAGACACACCGACGAAAACGUCUCAGACACUGCCAAGCCUCACCUGGUGGGCAGAACUGCCAGAGUAAAGCCACCUCGAUGGCAGAAUCAUCUGAAGUCACUUUGUUCAACUAUGUAGAUACUGUAACUGUCACUAUUUCUAAACUUGGUCCCCUCUGCUUCUCUGGGUUACUUUCCCUCUGACUGUACCACUUUCUAACUGGCCAUUACCUAGGACUGAGAUACUUUAAAAUAUAUUGUACUUAAUUAGUAAAGAUUUACACUCUGCAGAGUUUUGUAAAUAUUUCAAGGCCCUCAUAAGCUUAAAGAAAAAAAUUAUCCAAUAGACCAGCCAAAUGGAAGAGGCUUUUAUUUGUAAAGAAAUGAACUUACAACUGGUCUACAAUAUAUUAUUGUAAUAUAAACAAUAUAAAUAAAUGAUCCUGUAGGCCCACUAACCUUCCAUCCAGACCCACAUGAAGCAAUGUUAACAACAAUAUUCUGUGUGAAAAUGUGCAGAUAACAAAGGUGCAAUUACAAGCAAGGUUAAGCAGCAGAGUAUAAGGUGCUUUAAUUGAACAGUUAAUGUUGCCAUCAACAAACAUCUGAAUGCUCAAUUUUACUUCACUGAAUACAGACACAACAAAUAUGAAAAUCUAAAAUUCAUACACAUGCUACUUGUUAAUAUGAAAGUGCUUUCUCUUUUAAAAAAAAUACACCAAAUGAACAGUCUUUUUACAUAGAUCAUGGUGUGCUCUUAUAAUGCAAAAUUAACUUCAUUUUCAGGUUUUACAUUUUAAAACUGUAGCUAUAGACACCAAUCUAGGAACACUAAUGCUAAGAGUGCUAAAACUAUUUCAUUUCCUGUAAGGAGGACUCUAAUACAAUAUCCAAUGGAAAGAAUACAUCUAUAUAUAAUCUUAACAUCUGCUUUCUGAAAAAGUAAAAAAAAGGUUUCCUUUCCCCUUGGUGAUGCUUUGUUCAACCUGGGUAGAUUAGCUUUUGAGGUUUUGGUAAUAUCAAACUCCUAUUUUAGAACAAUGGGAGGAACCAAAAGGAAUUUAAAAAUCAGUUAACAUGUGCUUGAAGCAUCAAAAAAAAAAAAAAAUCACAACAAUUUGCCUUUGUUAAAUCAACAAAGUAACAUUUUUUUUUAACAAGAAGACAAAAGAAGUGAUUUAAUAGAGACGUGAAAGGCCCACCCUCACCUCUCCCAUCAGUACGCCUUUGCACUGUGUCUACAACUCUAGCCUUUUACCACAGCUCACUCCGAGGAUAGUUUUUAGAACUCAUUUUGACUUUUUUUUUCCUAUGGGAAAAACAAGACCAAACUUCUGAAUGAGGUGACUGGGAAUCUAAUAUAGUCUACUAGCAAUCAGACAUCUAAAAUUAUACCAUCUUUGCACACUCCAUUAGCUUUUUAAAAUUUAAAAAUGCAUAUACAAGAAGUAUACAAUAGAUAUUUUAACAGCAUAAAAUACUUGAAAACUUAGGUAAAUUAAAACAUUUUAAAAGUAAAUAUUAACCAAGACCAUGGCAAAUUUUAAACCCAGACUAUCUGGUUACUUGGAUGUCAGUGUUCUAUUUUCAAUCCGUUUUAGAUUCUAAUUUAACAUGUACUGGGACACUUUCCUGCUUUAAAAGCUGCAACUAUGAUGCACAGAAGAUCUUUUUUAAUAGCAGAUAUUUUUAUUUUGAGGAGUGGAAAGAAUUAUUUUCAUUUGGUAUCUUUAUGGAGAAUGCUAGCAUGAUGUUAAUCUGUAUCACUGGAUCAACAGGAAUUAGAACAUCAUUUCACAGGACCCCCAAGUGGUAAGGAAAGUUAACCCAAUUACUCAAUGCCAUUCAGUAUUUAUUCCCCAAACAGCUGUCAGUUCAAGCAUCAAAUGGUUUUUUGUUGACCAGUACUGCAUUUUAAAGGAAACCCAUUUACUAUGUAAUACAUGUGUGCUUUUUAAAAAGUAUAUAUUUGUAAUAACAGUAAAUUUGUGUAAUAAUUUCUUUCUUUAUCAACAAAAGACAAUAAAAAACAAACCUGUUUAGCAAUCACCCUUGAGACUUUUCAGUUUGAGAAAGUUAUUCCACUGUCAAUACUGGGUGUAAAGCUUUUGUCGUUACAGAUAUAUAGUAAACCAGCACCAGCUUCUUUCUUUGUAUUGUUCUGUCACACACCCUGUAUAGCAACACCUCUGGAAUAGAUUCAAGUGUCAAAAUAAUUCUAAGAAAUAACGCGCUGUCACAACAGUCUCAAAAUGUAAAUCCCUAUCAGGUACCCUUGAUUUUGUAACCUAAUCAGGUGUACGACUGACUGUGAUCGGUAUGUGAAAUGUGUUUUAGGAAUAGUGCUGUGAUUCACUCAGACCCUUUAGAUCUAGCAUAAUACUUUAACCCAGUGCAUAAAAAUUUCCCCCAGUUCCAGCUUCACAUUCAGUACAGCAAGUAAUAAUAAUAAUAAUGUCCAUGUUUGUUUAAAGCCACAAUUAGAAUUUUGUUUGGGAAGAUUUUGUGUACUCAUUACCAGUUCCUUAAGUCAUGUAUACCAUACAGUGCACACAGUAGUGUUCACAUGGUUUGCUAAAUGAAUGGAUGAAUGCAUGAAUGACAGUGUUUAUAUGUGUUCAUAUAUGUUCAGUGGUGAACUAGUAGGAAGCAUUUAGAAAAAUGCCCUCAUUUGCUUGUUUGGACAAUUUUUCUUCUCUGCUUUAAUCUGUAAGAGAACAAAGACUGCGAGUGACCCAGGAAAUGGACACUUAACAAGUAUCUUUUAGCAAAAGCUCUUAAUAUGAAAUGAACCAAUAAAAAGGGAAAAAUUAAGUAGAAACAACUUGAAAAAUACCCCCUUAUGUGGCCUAGAAUCAUAGUUUUAGAGCCGGGAGGUGCCUUAAAGAGAAUCUGAACCAAAAUCAGCCUUUUGAGUAGUAGAGGCUCCAUAAUGUGUAUUCAGGAGAUGGAACAGAUUAAAGGCUAAGGAAGGGCUGAAGGUGUUACACACGCUAAAUCACCAACUGCAAGUAAAACUCCCAGCCCCCAACCAGCGUUUUAUCUUCAUUCAUCAUGUUAAUUUAAUGAUUAUGUUCAUCUAUUAUUGAGUACUGAAGUAGACUAUUUAGUACUAUCUAAAACAAAAAGAAUAAAGACUUUAGCCACACAUUCUAAACAAAGAUUUUAAACAGUGGACACUUCUGGUUUGCCUGAGGCCAAGACUAAACCCAGUUCCUUCUUUCUCAAGCUGGUUGAUGUUUAUUUCACUAUCAGCCCCACCACUACCUUAUACACACCAACUUCCUCACCUCCACUAAUUAAAGCUCUACAAAACAUGGAUUUAACACUGAUAAUAUUCCCUAAAGCAUAACUUUUAAGCCAAUAAAUGAUGGCUACUAUCAAUCCUUAAGAAGAUUACUGGAGUCAAUUUAAAUAGGUGGUCUAAAAGGACUUACUAAAUUACUCUUAUAUUUAAAACUAUGCCAUGUUAGCAUAACAGUACUUUAAAUUUAUAUUAAGUUCUUUUUUCUGACUUAAAAUUCAUCACUAGACUUCUUUUCAACAAUACAUUUUAAAACCUUUGUACAGGUUUUCUUUCUAUGGAUUCAUAAUGAUGCCAUCAAUAUCACUGAGAGCAAUUCUACUUUUCAGAAGCAGUGGGAACAAAUACUUCUCUAAUGUACCCUCUUCUCCAACGUCUCAGAUGACAACUGUCAUCUUUAAAAUUAAAUGUUCACAAGCUAUAGAAAAAGAAAAAAUGAACCAUUCAUGGAAAACCUUUCCUAAAUGGUCCCAUAAACAUGGCACUUACGAGGUGUGUGUUCAUCGGUUCGAGUAGAACGGGGUCUUCAUUAGAGAAGCUGGGCCUCAGAUCUGAGGGGGAGGGAGACCACUCCCUUUAAUGUCUGCAAGCUCAAGUGAAAGUUCAGAAAAAGCCAAACACUGCUCUGGAAAAUGAUGCUAAUUUGUAUUAGUGCUUUAUAACUUUGAAAAAAAGCUUUCUCAUAGUAUUACUUUAAAAUAGAUUAAAUAAGCUCUAAA